AUGGCAGAGCUCUCACCUUCUGAUGUAUUCACAGUGGCGAGAUGCCUCCCAGAGGCAGACAACCCAUCGCAGACUGCUAGCUGUUGGUACUGCUUUGCUAUCCCGUCCUCGAAGGCUGGCACUGCAGCUUCUCGGCUGCUAGCAGCACCAGCCGUUGCUUCAUCCACGCCAAGGGAAGCUGUGUACAGGCUACUGCAGCAGCUAGUACAACCAGAGUGGCACAGCAUAUCCGAUCCCACUUCGCCGCAGUGGCUAGCGGAGUUUAAACACCGCGUUGCGCAGAAGGAGACUCUGGGUGCUAAUCCCAGCUGCCCCCUAGUAAACUCCACUGCUGAACGUAGGCAUACUGAAGUGGCAGAAACUACAAAAGGAUCCAGUGGGGAAGGCGCUCAUGCUGGAGCUUUCGCAGCAUUUCCUUCCAAGGAGCAAUUUCUUCUUUUGAACAAGAUUACGAAUCGCAUUGACACACCAUGGGUACAAGUGCUCAGAAGGCUGCGAGCUGUAGAAGAGUGCGAGAUGUCGAGGCCGCUGGAAUUAAACGACGUGAUAAACUAUGCGAAAAGACUCGCAGGCUCCGUUGCUGCGCCGCCGGAGACCGCCAACAUCGUAGAUGUGGUAUCACACCAAACCGCAUUCCCGUCUUACCAUUUCUUGCCAUAUCCUUCAAUGGAAGAGCUACAAAACUCGAGACUUGCCGCCUUAGGCACUAAGCCAUAUGCGGAUAUCUGCUUCCCUCCCGAUAUCUCGGCGAAGGUGGUUUGCCUACGACGGAAAGCAGCCAUGGCGCUGGUGGAGCCUAGUCAGGGUUCGACGUAUGUGUUCGAUACUUCACUGCUCUCCAGUGAUAUCUGGAGGGACGAACACAGCAAGGAGGUCUUGUACGAGCUACGUUUUACAUGCGCUACACCGUGCUGCACGUUUUGGUUCUCAAUUGCAAGCGGCCAGUGGUCUGCCUCUCAGCCGCUACCUCGCGAAUGUCCUCUGAGGCCACUGCCCUCGCUCAGGCCCCUGCUGGUCCCAGGCCCCUUCCCCAAAACAGUUCGUGUGCAAUGCAGGAAACAAGGUAAAAAGCCCUCGCGCUUCACGCAGACAUGCCUUAAGCUGAAAGGCACAGCAGCAGCUUGGUCAGGAAUGCCGCCAUCUGGGGCUACUGCUGAAGCGCGAGAAGUCGCAGACGACCAGCACGUUGGUCCCAUGGCCUCAACAAGGGCUGACGAGGGUUCACGAGCUACCCAGAAUGCAAAAGCAAUGCCACUUACUCAAAGAGGAGUAUCCAGCGUGUCUCAGUUCCAUGGUCUCAUGCUUGGGGCAUCUAGGAGAAGAGGACAACAGAGUUGCCAAGUUCGCAGCAGCGAGAGCAGCAGUGGAAGCAGUAGUGAUGAAGACUAG